AUGACACAGUCAGGUGCUCAGAUGGACAUCGGCUCUGUGGCCUCGGAAGACCGGCUGGGCCACACGCUCCAGGGCUGCAGACCUCGCAGGAAUGCGGAAGCGGGAGGUUUGCCGGAAGGAACUCAGCAGAGGAACCCGGACCGAGCCGGCCGGCGCGUAGAAGACCCCGGCGCCGACCCCUCGCCGGCUCCUCACCGCCCCCACCAGGCCGCCAGGGGUGGGGACCUGACAGGCUCCCGGGACCCGCCGGGCGGGGGGAGGCACGUGCUGCGCACUGCGCCUGCGCGCCAGCUCCCGGCGUCCCGCCCCUGCCGGCCCGGCCCCCCUGCUUUCCCGCCUCGGCCGCUUCGCCAGCGGCGGGCGGGUCCCGGGAGCCGGCGGGGACUUCUCGCCUGGCGCCCCCCCGGGGCUGGAGGAACCCCCGGAAGCGCCCCCCCCGGCCCCUCUCUCGGCCUCAUGUCGAUUUCCGUUUGCGCUGAGAGUCCAAGAGCCCUGGGGUCGCGGUCGGACUUUUGCGACCACGCCGGGACCCCGCGAGGGCCGGAGCGCUCGGGGCCUGCGGACGGCGGAGGGGCCCCUCCCGUGCGACUCACCGGCGGCGCGGAGCUGGGGAACCGCCUGGAAGGCCGAUAACCGUCUUCCUCCUGUGAGCCUGUGGAAGACCUCAGAGACCUGGCUCAAGAAGCGACCCUCAGAAUCAGAUAAGUGAUUCUAUCUUGGUGGAUUGGUUUGCUGACUUUUCUUUUGGUUGCCUUUGCUUUCCUUUUUCUUCUCUGUGGGUACCGUUUUGGGUCACCUCCACUCUCUGGCAAAGACGCGUUCCGCCCCUGCUGGGUCUAGAAGGUUAACAUCAAUGAUGGGAGGCAUGACGUGGACCCUCCUCUGGACCCUUCUCCUGGGGAUGAGUUGGGAAGCACAUAACAAAGGGAGGGGAGCCUGGGGAGAAAACUCAGUUGUCAACUUAUCCAGCAUUGUGGCCUCGGGAAAUAAUCUCUCUAAUUGUUGGAUCUGCCAUCCCCACCCACAGAAGGGGGUUCCUAAGCUCCAGUUUGUACCCACAAAUGAGGACGUUCCACUCACCUUGACUUCUGGACCCAUUAGGAGCAUACCACUCCUGGUGGCGGAGCUUGAUGAUCGCAAGGAUAUGACGUGUGUGACCCUUACAGACACUUGGAACCAAACUGGCCUCCAGGUUAAGCGCCCUCUUCUCUGUAGAGAACAGGGGCGGCCCUGCUGCCCCUGCGAGACCAACAGCUGCCUUCCCGGUGCGGGGAGCUCGCCCCCCAUUUACCCUAUGUCCUUUUCCGUCGCAAGCUCCUCGUGCAUCCCCAACCAGACGCACUGGUGUGUGGACCCCUCUCUGCUCCCCCCGGGCGACCAGCCUAACUACUCCUGCACUCACUGGAAAGGAACGGCAACCCCUUCCUGGAGGCUCACCUAUCAAACCCCAUCUGCCUUCGACAGCCGCGAGGGGAUAGAGGAGGACGCAGAGCUGGGUGGAGGGCCGAUGGACGGGGGGCCCCUGUCCCCCAGAUGCAAGAGCACGCCUACCUGGGGGCCCCUUUUACGAAGCUGGUUUAAUUCCUCGUUAGCCCGCCGGGCCUGUGCUCCCCGUGGAUACCUGUUCCUCUGUGGCCCGCCACAGAAUAAGCUGCCCUACGAAGGGAGCCCCGAUUCCUCCUUCUCCUGGCCUCUUCGGGCAGUGGCCUAUUCGUGUUUAGAUAAUGUCCACUUCCGGGGAGAAUGCACUGUGGGACGAGUGGGCCCAGAAGGAUUAGCUGCCGCUAUAUAUAACGUCACCUCUCCAGCCAGACGUAGGAGAGCACCGCGCACAUCUUGGCGGCGCCUUGAGACGCCGCGGGACCGGCUGCCCCCCCGGGAAGGGGUUGCCUAUCAUGAGACAACCUUAAAAAGCCUGACCCGGGUCACCGAGAACCCGGCCUCAAGCACUGGUGACCCCUCAGAGGGCCUCCAGGAGCCCCUGAUUCCCUUGACAACAGGUUAGCUCUAGAUUAUCUUCCCGCCACACAAGGGGGUGUCUGUGCGGUAGUCAGUGACACCUGCUGUAGGAACAUCAACGACUCCAGGGAAGUCGAGCUAAAUACUCAGGAGAUUUACAGACAAGCCAGGUCAUUGCAUGGGUUCAAGAGCCUCAGCGCCCAGACUAUAGGACUCAGAGGUUAUAUGCCUAGCAUUGCAUGAUGCCUUUCUUUCCUGGGCCCUCUGGUGGCAAACGUUCUUUUGUUAAUAUUCGGAACCUACCUCCUUAAUCUUUCGGUUAAGUUUGAGUCUUCUAGGGGACAGCAGUUUCCUGUCAAACUGAUAGUGGCCCAAGGGUCCCACCCACCGAGCCCCGGGAGGAACAGGGUCCCUACAGAUGGGUAGAGCAGCCAGCGAGAGAUGUUUACCCCUCCAGGCGGGACAGGGACGGCGCCCCGCUCAGCAAGAAGCAGUUUCAGAAGAUGAGACCUUCGGCCCCUCCUCCUUAGGAAUAAGGAGGGUAAAAUCUCUCAGGGGGAAUGAGGUAGACCAGGGGCUGUGUCUGGGUCCCCACUCCCCUGCCACAGCCACAAAGCCCAUCGCUCUGUGCUGAUCACCUUAGGAGAAGAGGCUGAGCUACGUGCUUUUGAGCAUUCUAUCUCAUAAGGAUUGGGGGACAGGGUGUUUUCCAGAAGGAACUCAAACGAAGAAACCAAACUAGACAGCUUUGGCCAAGAUGGACCCCAGCGCUGGCCCUCACCUACUUUUAUCUUCAUUAAAUACCAAUAAUCGCGGCCAGGGGUGGGGACCUAACAUGCUAACGAGACCCCCAGUGCAGGGGCGUGCUCUGUCCACUGCGCCAGCUCCCCAACGUCCUGUGUCCACCUGCUGCCCCAGCCCCUUUGCAGGCUUUGACAGCUUUUGUUCAGAGAGCCGGCUGGGACGGUUGCUCACGGCACUGCCUCCCUGGUGGUGGAGCAUAGACCCCAAUAAACGCUGCUGGAAUCGUUU